AUGAGAGGUACAAAACUUGGAGCAUAUAAUUAAUCAGCAACAGAGAUUAAAAAUGAUUAUUCAAAUUUGAUAGUUAAUUAAAAUAUUUAUUAAUAGUAUUUAAAGCAACAUUAUCUUGUAUAGGAGUAUCAAUAGUAUCUGGAGGAGCAGUCGAGAGAUUAAAAUUCUUAGACUGGGUUGUUUUGGUUUUAUUUUAUUCAGGAUUUGUAUCUCCUGCAAUAGUUCAUUGGACAAAUAAAGAUGGAUGUUUUAACAAAAUUACAUCUAAAGAUUUGGGAAGAGCAGGAUUUAUAUUUUAUUCAGCUGAUGUUGCAGGUUUAAUAGUUACUAUAGUAUCAAAACCGAGAAAAUAUAGAUUUGAUUUGAAUAAUAAUUUAAACUUUUGGGCAUUUAGUUCAAUAUAUGUUACAUUUAGUGCAAUAAUGGAUAAAUCUAAUCUGAUUAAUCUACUCCAUAAGUUUAGGGAUUAGUAGCAGUUAAUACUUUAGUAACUGAAAGUGCAGAUGGAUUUUGUAGUUUUAUAACUAGAUAUUUGAC